AUAAGUAUCCUUUCGAUUAAAUUCGUGUAUUUUCGUGACAACUCGGAAAGCAAGUUAUAAUCCUGACGUCACAUUACAAAAUGGCGUCGUUAUUGGAACUGGAGUAUAGUACAGUAGCAUACAGUAGAAAAACUGGGCAGUAGUAAUAGUCGUAGGUGUGUCAGUUUGGUGUUUUUUUUUUCACUUAUUUAGAAUUUUUUUAAUAUCGUGAAAAUUAAAAAUAAUAAUAAAAAAAUAUCAUACUUAAUACAAAUUAAAUUAUUGGUUAAUAAUAUAUUAAAAUAAAUAUUUAUCUAAUAAAUUAUAAAACAGAAAAAAAAAAAAAAAAAUUUCUAAAACCAUUACAACCAUUUUUCAUACAAAUAAAUUUUGUCCCUUAAUCUCAUAAUAAAUAUAUUUUUCUAUAAGUUUCAUAAUAGUGUAAUAUGUAACAAUAACAAAAAAACAUUUUUUUUUUUUUUUUUUAAUUGAUAACACAUCAACAUUUGACGACUGAAGAAAAUUUAUUUUUCCAAAAAAAAAAGUUUGUUAUUAAUUGUUUUUUUUUUUUGUUUAUGUAAGUUUAUUAUUAUUAUUUUGAUAAUUAAUUUAUAUUGCCUUAAGUGUGUCUAUAGAAUAAACAUUAUGGAUGUUAUGUUGUAAUCAUGGAUGUUAUGUGUUACAGUGAAAUGAUGAUAACGUAGAUAUCAAUAGGAGCUGCACAAGUUUUUUCACCGGUAUACUUAUAUAUACACAUAUAAAUUAUCAAUAAUAAAUAAAUUUAAAAGCAUCCAUGGAACGAAUAGCGAUGAAUAUUUAUCAAAAUAACAACAAUAAAAAAAAUAUUUUGAAUUUUUUUUCAAGUAAAUGAUUGAUAAAUAAAAUAAUAAAUAAAUAACCAAAAAAAAGAAAAUGUCAAUCAAAGUGUUUUAAUAAUUAAAAAAAAAUAUCAAGUAGUGAAUGUGUGUGUUUAUUGUGAUUGAGUGAUAAGUAAGUUAUAAUAUCAUGUGGAAUAUGAUGUGUGAUGUAAUGCCAACAAUUGCUGAAGACAGUAUUAGCCAAAGAAGUUCACAAUUUUCUGGUGAAGAUGCAAAUUUUGAGCAACUCAUGGUGUCAAUGCUCGAUGAGCGAGAUAAGCUCAUGGAUUCAUUGCGUGAAAGUCAAGAAAGACUUCAAGAUGCUGAAGGAAGACUUCAAGAUGUUGAAAAAGAACGUGAUGCUCUUAAUCGACAACUUAAUGCUAAUAUUCCUCAGGAAUUUUCUUCACUCACGAAAGAAUUAUCUUCUGCUCGUGAAAGCAUUCUUGAACGUGAAGAAGAAAUCUCAGAAUUAAAAGCAGAACGUAAUAAUACUCGGUUAUUACUUGAACAUCUUGAAUGUCUUGUUUCACGUCACGAACGAUCAUUGAGAAUGACAGUUGUCAAGAGACAAGCUGCUGCACAAUCUGGAGUAUCAUCUGAAGUUGAAGUUCUCAAAGCUCUAAAGAGUCUUUUUGAGCAUCAUAAGGCACUGGAUGAAAAAGUGAGAGAGCGAUUGAAAAUGGCAUUGGAACGUAACACUACCUUAGAGGAAGAGCUUUCACGUACCAAGGAAGAGCUUCAACAAUAUAAAAUAAGCGGGCAUCCACCAAAGAAUCUAGAUGAAAGGCCAAAAGAAAAUGGUCAAUCUGAUGAUAUUCACACGACUAAGAAUUCUGAACUUACUGCAUGGCAGCGGAGAGCCAGUGAUCUUGGUGGACGAGUUUCUGAGCUGGAAGAAACACUUUCAAAGGCACAAAAAGAGCUAGUAAAAACCCAAGAUACAAAUGUUAAAUUACAAAGAGAUCUUCGUGAAAAUGUUGCUCAAAAAGAAGAUCAAGAAGAAAGAAUAGCAACUUUGGAAAAAAGAUAUUUAAAUGCUCAACGUGAAUCAACAAGUUUACAUGAUUUAAAUGAAAAAUUAGAGCAAGAAUUACAGCAUAAAGAAGCUCAACUCAAACUCCAAGAAGAAAAAAUAUCAGCGAUUCAAGAAAAAUUGGAACUUGCCGAGCAGAAGUUGGCACAAUUUUCAAAAAUGCCAGAAAUUGAAGAACAAUUAAAAGCAAGAAUGGAGACACUGACCCAGGUGAGGAGGCCCAAUCAGCAGGUACAAGAACGACAUGGUAGUGCAGAAGACAGAAUUCAAAGACUGGAAGGUCAACUUGAAGAAAAAAAUGCUGAAUUAAUGCGUUUAAAUCAACGUUUAAAAAUGAAUGAAGAUCACAAUACACGUUUAAGUUCAACAGUUGACAAACUUCUUUCAGAAUCAAAUGAAAGACUACAAGUACAUUUGAAAGAAAGAAUGCAUGCAUUAGAAGAAAAAAAUGCACUAACACAAGAGCUAGAUAAAACAAGGAAAAUUGCUGAAGAUUUACAAAAUGAAAAAUCAGAAAUAUUAAAAGAAUUAGGAAAAACACGUUUAGAAAUUGACAAUGUAAAACGUCAAAUGUUACAACAAGAAAUUGCAUUUAAUAUACAACAAACGGAUGCAUUAACAAGAAGUUUAUCACCAAAUGCAAUUGAUCCAACAUCAUCAAGAAGUGCUAGUCACAGUAGUUUUGAUACACAUUCAUUACCAAGAAGAUCAACAAAAAGAUUAAUUGAUGAUGAUUCAGCAAAAGGUUAUGUUGCAAGAACACUUGCUGAACAAGAAUGGGAAAAACUUCAACAAGCUCAUGUAUUAGCAAAUGUACAACAAGCAUUUGAUGUAUCAAGUGAUGCUGAGGGUGAUGGUGAUAAUGAAAGUAUUUUCAGUUCAGCUGCUGAUGUUAUUAGUCCAUCUGGUCAUACUGAUGCACAAACACUUGCAAUGAUGCUACAAGAACAAUUAGAUGCAAUUAAUAUAGAAAUUAGAUUGAUACAAGAAAAACAAAGCACUGAAGCAAGAGCUGAAGAACUUGAAUCAAGAGUUGGAAGUUUAGAACAUAUGAAUUUAUUAACAAGAGGUCGAAGUUUAGAACGUACUUCACCACCACUUAGUGGAAGAUCUACACCAAAAUCUCAUCAUAGUCCAAACAGAGAUUAUCUUCAUAAAUAUCACACGGCACCGGCCUCAAUGUCACCUGCUCAUCUCCAUCAGUAUGCAGCGUCAUUGGUUAGCCCAGGACAACUGUCUGAAUCCUUACCUGCAAGCCAGUUGCAGUUGUCGGGUGAGGAAUUACAUUCAGUUAGUGAAAGAGACAGUGGUGGCGGUGGAAGUGGAGGAAGUGAAGCAGUGUCACCAUUAACAGCAAGAUCAUUGAGACUUGAACGUGUUGUUCAAGCCUUAGCACAUAGUCAAGAAGAACUAAGAAGGCGUACUGGUCAAAGUGGAUUUCCAAGUGGUUUCUCAGCACACAGGCAUGGGCAUCACAACAACGACACAAUGAAUUCUGGAACUACUCCUCCUUCACCGUUGUCUUCACGCCACAGUAGCCAAGACAGUUUGCAUCAAAAUCAUUUGGCCAGUAUGGGACUUCCAAUCGGUCAAUUGUCAAGUUUACAUUUACAACAUAUGCAAGUUACAAUGAGUCCAGCAACAGCAGCAGCAGUUGCAGCAGCACAAAAGAAAAAAGGAAUUAAAAGUAGCCUUGGAAGAUUUUUCAGUAAAAAAGAAAAGAUAAAAGGUAAAGAUACAGCAAUGCCUGGUGAUGUACCAGGAAUGGGUGGCCCUAAUACAAUGGAUUCUGAUUACGGUGAUAAUAUUUCUUUACCUGGUACACUUAGUGGCAAAAGUGAUUUUGAUCGAAGGAAAAAGAAAAGUAUGCUGGAUUUAUCAAGACAUGAGCUUUUGGGUGAAGCAAUGAAAGCAGGAACACCAUUUGCACUUUGGAAUGGACCAACAAUAGUAGCGUGGUUAGAAUUAUGGGUAGGAAUGCCAGCUUGGUAUGUUGCUGCUUGUCGUGCUAAUGUUAAAAGUGGAGCUAUUAUGAGUGCAUUAAGUGAUACUGAAAUUCAACGUGAAAUUGGUAUUAGUAAUCCACUUCAUCGGCUAAAACUUCGUUUAGCAAUACAAGAAAUGGUAUCAUUAACAAGUCCAUCUGCUCCAAAAACUUCACGUACAACUUUAGCAUUUGGUGACAUGAAUCAUGAAUGGAUUGGUAAUGUUUGGUUACCAAGUUUGGGAUUACCUCAAUAUCGAUCAACUUUCAUGGAGUGCCUUGUUGAUGCUCGUAUGCUUGAUCAUCUUACUAAAAAAGAUCUUCGUGGACAAUUAAGAAUGGUUGAUAGUUUUCACAGAACUAGUCUUCAGUAUGGUAUAUCAUGUUUAAAAAGACUGAACUUUGAUAGACAACAACUUGAGGAUAGAAGAAGAAUGGCAGAGAGUGCAAAUGCUGAUGUUUUAGUGUGGAGCAAUGAACGUGUAAUUAGAUGGGUUCAAUCGAUUGGCUUAAAGGAGUAUGGAAAUCAUCUUUCUGAAUCAGGUGUACAUGGAGCAUUGAUUGCAUUGGACGAGAGUUUUGAUGCAAAUUCAUUUGCUUUGACUCUUCAAAUUCCAACUCAAAAUACUCAAGCUCGACAACAUCUGGAAAUGGAAUUUUCAAAUUUACUUACUGUUGGUACUGAAAGACGAUCUGACGAAUCAAACAGCAUGAAGUCUUAAUAUACUUUAAAUAAAUAGCUAUAAAUUAUUACACAAUCUUAUUAUUUCUAGUCGAGACAUCCCAGUUAAUUAAAAUGAUUAUUGAAAAAUAAUCCAUAUAUUAUUUUUUAAUUUUCACAUAAAUAAAGUGAAUGUAAUUCAAAAAAAUAUUAAUAUAUAAUUGUGAAGGUAAAAGCUGUAUAGCACUUUAUCAAAGAUAAAAUAUAUAUUUGGCUUUCACAUUAUUUAAUUCCACUGUACAUUAAUUUGUUUUAAAACAUCAUUGUUUAUUAAUAUUUACAAUUCAGUAAAUAGUAUAAUUAUUAUUAUUAUUAUUGAUAUCUGUUUUGUUUAGUUAAAAUGAUCGAUAAAUGCUGCGAUGCACAAAAUAAUAAAAGUGUGACAGAAAUGAAAAAAAAAAUAAUGCAUUAAACUCUAUGUCAGAGAAGAAUUUAUAUAUAAUAUUAAACAAUAAUUGUAACAAACUUCUAAUGACAAUAAUUCUGUCUGAUUUGAAUUUUAAUUAUCAUUCGCACUGAGUAUAUCUGAUCAAUCAAUUCACAAAAGAGAAAAUGCCAAUUUAUGUGCAGCACAAUUCCAUGUUUUUUUUUUUUUUUUAACCAUGUGCAGAUGAAAUAUAAAUUUAAAAACCAUUCGCUGUAUUAUUAUGAGAAAAAAAACAUAUACAAUAACGAUAAGAGAAAAAAAAAAAGUAGAUGAAAUGAAAUUUGGUAUGUUAGCUAUCUAUUAAACUGAAAUUAAAAGCGUUAAAAAGAAAAUGUGAGAAUAAAAAAUCGUAGAUAAUGUUAAUGAUGGAAAAAAAAACGAAAAAUCGGUUGAUAGGAAAAAAAUGAGGUUGGUGAUAACCAAAGUCUACGAUGUUAAAAAGUAAAAAAAAUUACAUAAAUGAUGAUAAAUAAUAUGUUAACCAUGAAAUACUAAUUAUUUACUCGAAUUUCACUAUCACUAUGCUUUAAAUUUUUUCGGAAUGUUAAAAUUUCAUUCCCAUUCUACGGUUCAGAGUAUUGCAUGAUCAUAAUAUCAUUAUUUAAUAAUUGAGAUAAAAUCUUUGACAAGAACAAAAAAAAAAAAACUAAGUCGAAUUUAUUUAAAGAAUAAUAAGUGAAAAUUUUAUACUUGUGACAAACGAAAAUGUAUAAAUGCAAAUGCUCGGGUAAUUUCUGUGAAAAAUAACCGAUAUUCUGGUGUGAUUAUUAUUAUCAAUCAAUAAAAAGAUUAAAAUUCAAUUAAUA